GCCACUAAUGUCACUAAUGUCACUAAUGUCCCUCGCUGCAACAGUAUACGUACAGCUGUGAAGUUCAACCUCACCUUUAGCCAAUGCUCGAACCUUCGCAUUUCAAAAACGCCAAUCAUUCACAACUUCGAUCCAUCCACUCCAUCAAUCCACUUUGCCUACCCACGCGUUGCGAAGCCUUAUUACUUUUCUUUAGAUUCAAUCUAGGCAUUACCCUCAAAGGCGACCACUUUGAAUCUGUUAAUACAGGUCAAGUAUUUACCUACCUCAAUUAAUUAAUAUCAAUCAUCAUUUCUUUCUCUGUCGCCCUGCAAUCUCCAAUCUCCAAUCUCCAAGAUCAAUUCGAAGCAGCCUUGUCGUCUCCCUUACAGCUUACAGUUGGAAUUACACCUCGAGCAUUCUGUGAGCAUUUCGCAUCGCGGUCGAAUACGUUAUAUAAUCUCAUGUCCCGAAUGGAACCGUCACCAUGAGGUCAACUCCUUUGAUCAUCAAUUGGCACGAUAAAAAUGCCCCAAUCUAUUCCGCCCACUUCGAAUCUCAACAUGGCAAGGGAAGGCUAGCUACAGGAGGAGGAGAUAAUAACGUGCGUAUCUGGAAAGUUGAUGGUGAGGGUGAAGAACGUAGGGUCGAGUAUCUCUCAACUCUCGCCAAGCAUACCCAAGCUGUCAAUGUCGUCCGCUGGGCACCCAAAGGCGAGACUCUCGCUUCUGCUGGAGAUGACGGCAACGUGAUCCUAUGGGUUCCUAGCGAAAGCCACAACCCAGCUACAUUUGGAAACGAGGGCCUCGAAGACAAAGAAACAUGGCGUACCAAGCAUAUGUUCCGACCAACCGGUUCGGAAAUAUAUGACCUAGCCUGGUCUCCCGAUGCUACCUAUUUUAUUAUUGGGAGCAUGGACAAUGUCGCUCGAAUUUAUAACGCCGGUACAGGUGUUCUCAUACGACAGAUCGCUGAACAUAGUCACUACGUGCAAGGUGUCGCAUGGGAUCCCCUUAAUGAAUAUAUCGCAACCCAGUCAUCAGACCGAUCCGUCCACAUCUAUUCCCUCAAGACUAAGGAUGGACAAUACGCGCUUACCAGCCACGACGAAAAGACGCCCAAGGUUGCUAGUCACGCCAAAGCAGAUCUACCUCCAAGCAGACGUAUCUCAUCCAACAGCCCUGCACCAUCAGAUAUUGGCUACCGAAGUCAGCUUGCAGCUGCAAUUGACACACCUAGCGCUUCCAUAGGGUCGCCAGUGCUAUCUGCACCGGGAACGCCUCAGUCUGUUCCCUUACCAAUGAAUCCCCCGAGUGUGGUUAGCCACAGUAGGCGCUCUUCAUUUUCAUCCCGAAGAUCCGCAUCCCCAGCACCGUCACUGCCUCUACCUGCAGUGAUGCCCAUCGAGCCAUCUCCAAAACUUAACCAUAGUCUUAGCAUAGGGGUCAAGAAUGCAAGUCUCUAUGCCAGUGAAACUCUUACGUCUUUCUUUAGACGCCUAGCAUUCACUCCGGAUGGCAGCCUGCUUCUGACCCCCGCUGGCCAGUUCCAAAUGCAACAUUCAGCAGACGGUCUUAAACCUUCAUAUGAAGUCAUCAACACCGUCUACAUCUACACCCGAGGCGGCAUAAACAAGCCACCUAUUGCUCAUCUUCCAGGCCUGAAGAAGCCUUCAGUAGCCGUCAAGUGUUCACCUAUAAUAUAUACGCUUCGACAAUCUCCGCCAGUUACGAAACACAUAACUAUUGAUACUUCUUCGGCAGAAGAUCCUAUUCCUGCUCUCCCCGAGCCUAUCUCCAAACCGUUACCUGCCGUAAUGGAUCCCCCACCUCCACCCCCAACGUCUUCGGCGCCAGAUCCCGAAAAAGAAAGAUUGUCUACACCGUCUAGGCAUCUAAAUCUAGAAACCGGCCCGAUUACUCCUGGGCCUAAGCCAACCUUUGCGCUACCGUACCGCAUGGUGUACGCCGUAGCAACCCAAGACUCCGUUCUCCUCUAUGAUACCCAACAGACUACACCAAUCUGCGUUGUUAGCAAUUUGCAUCUUGCUACAUUUACUGAUCUUACAUGGUCGAGUGACGGUUCAACGCUACUCAUAUCUUCAUCCGAUGGUUUCUGUUCGACGCUAUCAUUUACACCUGGUGAGCUAGGUCAGGAGUACAAGGGUGACCUUAUGGGCCCAAAGAUUGCUGCGGCUGCAACUACCGCAGCUACGGCCACCGCUGCUAGCACAGGCCCUCCUUCAAAUCAGCCUACACCGUUGCCUACACCAACAUCCGUCUUUGCGCCACCAUCACCCUUCCCUAGCCACCAGCAUCGUAACUCAGCUACUUCUUUUGCAGCUCCAUCUCCUCCCGCUACAACAUCAUUUGUGAGCGCACGGCCUUCAUCGCCUGCUCGAUCAAACUCUACAUCCUCAAUCGCAACCCAAAUCUCCGUUAUGAAUAACCCACCUCUCAUCGGUGGAAGUAUACCCAGCAUCGCCGCCACCAAUUCCGCCAAGGUAACAGGGGUUCCAAUCGCGACUCCUCCUGAAACACCUGGAAACGGUGGUAAUAUUGCUGCUGGUGUCAAGCGAGAAGCCAGCGAAAACGAAAAGGACGAGUCGUCGGGCGGUCAACCCAAAAAGCGAAGAAUUGCCCCAACUCCGGUAACAGAGCCUAAGAUCUAAAGAGCAAUUAUAAUUUGCGGGUAAUGGGACUAAUGUAACAACGUCUGUCAAUACUCUACCAGGUCUAUCGACAGACUAAUCGUUGGAGUUGAGGGAAAUUUGGGCUGAGACAUAUAUGCUAUGUUUCUUUUGGGGGUUUGUUUGCUGGUUAGGAAAAAAAGAGACGCUACUUGGUCAUCAUUGAUACGCCCCUUUCGCUGUAGCGAAUCCUUUUUUUUUUUUUUUUUUUUUUUUUUUUUUUU